GUGCCUAACGUUGGCGGAAUUCAUGUGGAAAACAAAAACGUCGAUUGAGUGUCCUCAAUCACCAGCAAUCGGAUCCUGCGCUCGUGCGACGUCAAAACCUGCCAACCCACUCUACCGCAUCUGCUUCCGCUCGUUUUCCGAUACCCACGCGACAGACGUUCGGUCGUCCGUCCGUCGGUAGUAAAUAAUCGCGUACACGCACACACAUACACUUCGGCCCCAAAACAAACCGAGCACGCUCACUCACACCACCGACCGCAAACCCACGUGUGCGUGUGUGUAUGUGAAAGGGAAACAGAAAAAUUUUCCAAUAUGGCGCCCGCAGUCUAGUGAUUUGUUGUUACCCGUGCGGGUCGCUGCGUGAGCUUCACGUGUGGAUUUUUUCAAUUUUCCACCCGUAAUCGACCAAUCCCAGGAAGAUGAGCAAUCCUCGCGGCGGGCAGCAGAGAACUCGGCCGUAUCAGCAGCAUCAUUCGAGGAAAAACUCCGGAGCACCGUCAACAAUAUCGGGAGGAAGACGCGUCGCAGCAUCGUCGAGUCAUCGCAGCAAUACCGCAUCUCUUGCGAAGGUAAUUGAUCAGGAAAAAGCACUGCGCAAUCAGAUUCACAUGGAGAUCGAAAAGAAGUCGAAAGCUUGCUCCAACCAGUCGUACGAAUGUACACUUCCGCGGCUAGAGCAGUACAACUUCUGCAAGCGGCACAUCCUGCAGGAUUCCCGUGCACCAUACAAACAGUGCGCAUUCUUUUUUGCGUCGAAUGGCAAACGUUGUCUGGAACCGGCGCCGAAGUAUGACAACAAAAAGGACUACGGCACGAACUACUGUUUCGAGCACAGCCGCUUGACGCAGCUAACCAAGACCAAGUCCACGAUCGGGAAGUACACACCGCUGGAAACAACCGAGACGCUGCUGCACAAUCUUGCACACCACGUCAAGGUGGACAAGGCGAAGCAAAGCCAACAACAACAGCAUCAUCAGCAUCAGCUUGCGAACUGCUCGUCGUCAUCGGCGGCGCUCAAGAUCACGGUCCACGAAGACGAGGAAGAGGGCGAUGUGGACGUCGUGACUCCGUCGGUGGAUCCCUUCGUGGACAUCGAUGUGGCGACAAUCAACGACUCGGCUCGCGUUGUCCUUGACUAUGCUUCGGAUAGCAGCACCGACGAGGAUGCCGCUCUGGUGGGUAACACCUGGCGCGGCUACGACAUGGACAAUUCCGACAACGAGAGCGUCGACUCGCAGAACGAAGAUCUGUUGAAGCAUGCCGGAAUCUACACGGCCGAGGAAGCCACCAUGAUAACGAAGGAAAAGCUGAUCCGGCUGCAGACGCUGUACAUUGACCAGUUCCAUCGAUUGCAGCACGUGCUGAAGGAGAAGCGUCGUAAAUAUCUUAACGAUAUUCGCCGGGAGAGGGAACAGUACUGCAGCAUCCACGAUCAGGUGAAGGAUUCCCCGAAGGAGCGCAAGCUGUACGAAAAGCUGAAAGCUUUGGAUCACUACCAUCGGAAGUAUGGAAUGGACGCCAUUUUGCAUCGGAAGUACCUUGAAAAGCGAGCCAAGGCCACGGAGGGAUUACAUCAGAAGGUUCCGUCCCAUCCUAAGUGUGCAUUUACCGAAGGGGGCGUGAAGUGUGGGGAAAGGACUCUUCCUUGCUGCAAAUUUUGCCGGAAGCACAUCCUGGAGGACAAAAAGCAGGUGCUGUUCAAAUCCUGCGGUGUGGAGAAAAGCGGCGUCGUUUGUCAGGAAGCACUGGCUAACAUUUUCGAGGAUGCCACAUGCUACCUUCACGUGGAACUUCCCGCCCAGAAAACUUUCACCAAGAAGAAGUACGAAUCGGAGUCGGAUGGGGAAGGAGACGAUUUGCCGUUGCAAGAACACAUCAAACGGGAACCCGUGUCUGUCAUUCCAAAGCUGGAGAAGCAGUCCCCUUCGCAGUCAUCCAGCACGACCGCCACGGCUGCGGAAACCGAAGAUCAGGAGAUGUCCUCGGAGCCACCGCUGGUCGAGCACAACAUCACCAUCGCGCACGACGUGGAGCCGGCAAGUCUCGAAGAUUCACUUCCGGUGAGUGUCAUCGCCAAACCGAUGACGGCAGUGGAAAAACCCAAACUCGACGUGACGGAGGAAAUGGAACAUCAGGAUGCUUCGUCGUCGCCGAAAGAGCAAGAGCCCACGCCGACGGUUGAUACCAAAGUUGACGCCCAGGAAGCCCAGAAACCGGAGUCCGAGAAGAAGGCCGAGUGAAUGGGAAAUGAAAACGCAUUUCAAGGCUUUUUUUGGUCUCAAUUUAAUUGAUUUUUAUUGUAUUUCUUUCCUUUUUCACUGUAAUAGUUUUCAUUAAAUAUAGUCGCGCGAUAGUUCGAAACGAUGUAAAUGUAGAACGUAAUCACUUUAGAACGGUUUAAAAAAUAACCGAAUCACAAAUUUCAGACGAAAAAAAAAUCACCGUGUUUAAAAUAAUAUGUGUUUUUAGAGUCUCUGCGGUUUAGUUGCUAGAGUAAAUUUGGAAUAAAAUUUUACUGCUAAUCAAUAUGUCGA